CGAGCGGCUGGCAGCAGGCGGCAGAUACUGUACAGUAGGUACUUGGAUAGAUACAGUAGGAGAAGACCUGCAGGAAUGUCCUUGUCCUUGCCGGGAGUAGCGACGACUGCCUCCUUCGGGGCCGUUGGAGCUGCGAAAAACGCGUCGUCGGCGGCAUCUUCGCUCCGGCAUGGCGUGAAAUGCGGCACGGGCACCGUCCCGAUCGCCUCGAAAGCGUCCGCUAGAGAACCUCACCCCGGAUUAGGAACAGCAGCAACCACGCUGUCCUGGCCAUGCCGUCGUCAGCAAACGCGAUCCUUCCGAACCAGUGCAAGGUGCCAUGACAGGCAGCUUCUUCUGGACCUCCUUAGAACCCUUCCGUCACAACGGGAGGCAAGGCAGUUUUUGAAACGAUUUGGGCAGGAGCCCCAUCCGCCGAGGCCUGGGCACGGAGUGAAUGGGAAGGAUGGGAAAGCGGCUGCGGCGGGGGAUCGUACGGAGGGCAAUGGUCUGGGUCCUGCGAAGGCGAAGGAGAACCUGCAGGAAAAGCUGCAGGAGAGCAGAACAGAUCCGUCGUCAUCAAAACCACCCUGGCGGCCACCACCAGCAUCCAGUCUGAACGACGCCAUACUAUCACCAAUCACACCCCACCGCACGAUAGCGCAGGAGAUCCUUACCCCACAUCAACAACAGCAGUUGGGUUUGAUCUGCCUGCAAGCGAUGCUGCCCGACUCCCAACUUCGCCGCUUUGCCGCCACAUUGGUGCAUCUCCAGAAACUAGGUCUCAUGCCCAUUGUACUAUUGGAGGAACCGGAUGGCUUAGCAAUGACCUCCCACAAGGAUGACGACGGAUGGGGUCACGGUGUGACAUUGAAGGACGCGGAGUCGGCGAGGAAGCGGCUGCUGAGGGAAGUGUUCAGGGUUGUGGAUCACGUCGAUGCGGCGGGUGGAAGGAGCAUGGCUCUGUAUAGCGGUGUCUUCGACAGCGUCAAGGACGUCGUCGAUUCCGACACAGGAAGUCCCUCCCCCUCCGUGACCCCAGUCUUCACGGCCGAGAUCCCCGGCACGGACUCCCUCCCAUCCUCAACAUCCCCCACCAACCCCGAGCCCUCACCCGCCCAAACGUCAAUCGACCUCACCCCCAUCCACGUCUCCCUCAACCUACACCAAAUCCCCAUCCUAACCUCCCUCGGCUACAACCCCGAAACCUCCACAACCGCCAUCCUCCCCGCCCGCCAAGCCCUCGUUGCCCUUGCAAAAGCCCUCACCUCCGACCCUCACCUCCGCUCCCCACUCAAAGCCAUCCUCCUCAACGACCGCGGCGGCCUCACCAACCCCAUCGACGCCGAAACCCACCGCACAGGCCGCCCCCGCAAACCCUUUCACCACGACGACGACGAACACCCCUUAACCUUCAUCAACCUCGCCGACGAGUACGAACCCGUCCGGGACGCCCUCCUCAAACGAACAAACGGAGAUCUAUCCCACCCAUCCGCCCACCACUCAUUCCGCCGCCGUCGCCGCCACGUCUCCCUCCGCGACGACGACGACGACGAACUCGAUGCGUCUCGCCGCACCGCCGCCUUACGCGCACACGAUCAAGAAACCGGCCGGCGCCAGCUACAAGAUCUCGACACAGUCCACCACGUCCUCCGCGUCCUCCCCACCAGCUCCUCUGCCAUCAUCGCCGCCGCCGCGUCCUCAACAAGUCUCAUUGCGAACCUCAUCACCGAUAAACCCGUCACUGUCGUCGCGUCCGAUCCACCACAAUCACAAUCGCAUACACAAAACACAAUAACCCCGACCCCGCCAACCCCACCCACCCUCCUCCGCCACGGCCUCAACGUCUCCUUCCACCCCACCUUAACAACCCUCAACCGCACCAAACUAAACACCCUCCUCGAAGCCUCCUUCCGGAAACGCCUCCUCCAAGACAUAUACUGGCCCCGCACGGAACAUUAUAUCCACGGCGUCAUCGUCGCGGGGGACUACGACGGUGCUGCGAUCGUCACCGCGGAAGUCAUCCCGGGCCCAUCACACGGCGGGGCGAGAUAUGCGUAUUUGGAUAAAUUCGCGGUUGCCCCGACCGCGCAGGGCAUCGGCGUCGCGGAUAUACUGUGGAAGCAGUUACGGCGGCGGUAUCCGGAUCUGUGUUGGCGGUCGCGGCGGGAGAAUCCGGUGAAUCGGUGGUAUUUUGAGCGCGCGGAGGGGCAUUGGGUUUUGCGGGGUGGGGGCGCUGGGAGGGCGGCGAGCGAAGACGGGGACGCGGGCCAUCAAAAAUUGAAACAACAGCAGGAAUGGACGUUGUUCUGGUACGGCCCGCAAGCGCUGGAGCGGCUCGAAGCGUACCGGCUCAUUGCGGCGCACAUGCCUGCCUCAUUUGCUAGCGGGAAGUAACGGCCGCUGAGAGACGUGCUGUAAAUAUACUUCUGUUUGGGUCACGGGCGAUUGUAAAUACGAUGUUUGCAAAUCAUGCGAAUAUAUCAUACUCUAUACAGAUCAUGAGA